UGCGCAUUGCGUGACUAAGGCGCUGGUCAUGGAGAGCCCACAAUCACAGUGCGGCAGAAAAGCCGCACCAGGUCAACAACAGAUUGAAGAGAAGAGGGAAUGCAAACGCAUAGGAUAGGCUAGAACAAUACACGGACACGAAAGGGAUAAGUAUACUACUUCCAAAGAACCCAAACAAUGGAAAUAUACAUAUUUUCAUUUCGGUCGAAGAGCAAAUUUUGUUCUGAAAUCCAAGAAAACCUGGCUUGGUACAAAGGAGCCCAUUUCAGCUGGUAGAGAGCAGAAUGGAUGAAAAGCAUUGCCACUAGCGAUUCGUUGUGACAGCGAGGCUGAAACAAACGAAAACACGCACAACCUAAGAUUUUAUGACUGAAAAAUCUUCGAAUUAUCUGCAAACUGACGCAGUGUCUGUUUUAUUUACACCCGUUUAUCGUUUUCCACGAAUUCCAGCAGUAGGAUGCGUUUGCGUUGUCUUGGUUCAUAGGGUUUAACAAUAACGUUCAGUUCAGGGAGAAACAUGGGUGAAGUUCAGGACGUCAGGGAUGCCAAGAGGACCUUCGUUGCUCCAGCAGUAAAGUCUUUUGAGCACUAUGACUUCUCCCGAGCCAAAAUCUGCUGUAGUCUCACAUGGCUGGUGGCCAAAGCAUAUGGGACAGACAGCAUCCCAUCUGACUUGAAGGACCCAUUCUACACAGACCAGUAUGAACAGGAGCAUCUGAAGCCUCCUGUGGUUAGCCUCCUGCUCUCUGCAGACCUCUACUGCAGGGCCGGCAGCCUCAUUUUGAAGAGCGAUGCCGCUAAACCCCUGCUGGGCCACGAUGCCGUCAUCCAGGCAUUGGCUCAGCGUGGACUCUACAUUACUGAUCAGGAGAGGCUGGUCACUGAGAGAGACCUCCGAAAGAGACCCCUGCAAAUGAGCUCCCAUCUGGCAAUGAUUGACACUCUGAUGAUGGCCUAUACAGUGGAGAUUGUGAAUACCGAGAAGGUGAUGGCCUGCAUUCGUCAGUAUUCAUCCUACAACCCAGAGGAGGAAACGCCAUAUGAUACAGAAGAUGCAGUGACCACCUGGAUCAACAAGGUAAAUGAAUAUCUGAAGGGCAUUAUGGCUCGGGAGCAGAGGAAGAAGGAGACACAGGGUGCAGAGCAUGCUGGAAGCCCUCGGUCGCCAACCAAGUGGUACAUGAAGCUUGUGCCUGCUCGGUACAGGAAAGAGCAGACCUCAGCCCAGCCGGUUCCAUGGAUACCCCCACUGGACAACCUACUAAAAGACAGCGCAGAUGGCUCAGCCCUGGGUGCGCUGCUGCACUUCUACUGCCCUCAGCUGCUGCAACUGGAUGAUGUUUGUCUGAAGGAAAACAUGACGCUAGCUGAUCGGCUAUACAACCUGCAGCUCAUUCAGGACUUCUGCAAGGACAACCUGAACAGCUGCUGCCACUUCAGCCUGGAGGACAUGCUCUACGCCUCAUCCACAAUCAAGAACAACUACUUGGUGUUCAUGGCAGAGCUGUUUUGGUGGUUUGAGGUAGUCAAGCCGUCUUUUGUAAAACCAAGAACGCUGGACAAUGAAGGCACAGAUACCUCAUCCUUGUUGAAGAGUCUGCCAACCAUCCCCAUCUCCAAGGCAACUAAGAGGAGCUUCAUGGAAAGGCCGCCCAGCCCUGAAAGACCCAGUUUGCCGCUGCGACCGCAGCCUCAAAACUCAGGAGAAAUCAAGAGGUCAACCUCGAUGUCGUUUGUUGAUGGCAACCUUGGCACCUGGCCCAAAGAGAAAAGGUCUGGGCCUUAUGGAGUUUCUUUUGACAUCCCCUUUGACAAAGAGGACUCUGCCCCUCCUUCAUCCACACGUGGCAUGGUCAGGUCCGUAAGCACUGAUGAUGGUUCUGGUUUCAAGGUCCAUCACAUGCCUCGUGGAAUGAAGCGUAAUCUCUCCUUCCAGCCAGUGAAUGGUCAGAGUGUCGGCAUUGAGGAGGAGGGCUGCCCAGACAGCCUUGCUGGUAUGGAGCCUGGCCGGCCAGUUUAUCCCACUGAGCAUGGGAGUGACAUGGCAGCACCUCCCUCCAUGGAGGAGGCCCUUCAGAUCAUCCACAGUCCUAGCAGGCCCCCAGUGGAGGGGAUCAACAGUGGUUUCUUCCUGCACAGUCAAGACCAUAGGGCUGGUGUUGGUAGCUUGGGGCCAGUGUCAGAGUCAGACUCCAAAGGAACUCUGAGCACCACAGACACCACUGAGGUGGACACUGGUAUCCAUACCCGAACAGAGGACAUGCUGGACGAGGAUUCCUCUCUGAAAGACUACUCUGUGAACAUGGACCUGGAUAUGGACACGCCAAGCCCUUGCCCGAGCAGUCAGAGUAAAUCUCCCUCAGCAGUGAAGAUGACCAGCUUUGCCGAACAGAAGCUGAGGAAGCUAAAUCCAUCAGCGCCAGACUCAGGGAGGAGCAGCAGCAGCUCCAUCAAGACCACUCCUGAGGGCUCUGAGUUUGGCCUCCCAUUAUCUAUCUCCUGGGCUCCAACCCCUGAGCACAGCCCCAUCCAUCAACAAACCACACCGCCCCUUACUGCUCAAGCAUCAUCAACACCUGUCCAGCUUCCACCCGAUGACCCUGCUCAAGUUAUGGCUACGGAGAUGGUACAGCUGAGGAUGAGGCUAGAAGAGAAAAGAAAAGCUAUUGAAGCACAGAAGAAGAAAGUGGAAGCUGCUUUUACAAGGCAUCGGCAAAAGAUGGGUCACUCAGCAUUUCUCAGUGUGGUAAAGAGAAAAGGGGAUGGGGCUGCUAGUGGAGAGGAAGCAGGGAAAACUGAGGGUGAAGGCAAGGCAGUGAGCUCAAGUCCCACCUUUACAUUUGGGAGGAGCAAGGCAGACACACCUGAUGGGGCAGAGCAAAGCAGCACAGGUUCCUGCUGGACAAAGUCACCUGGUGCAGGAGAGGAAGGUGGACAAAGUCAUGCUCAACCAACAGAAGUGGAUCUCACAGAGUACACACGUUCUAUUGAGAAACUCAACCAUUCUUUAGCCUUUCUCCAGACUGAGAUGCAGCGUUUGGCACAGCAGCAGGAAGUGAUCAUGGCCAUGAGGGAGCAACAACAUCAGCAGGCGUGGGUCAUCCCUCCUCCACAUACAAAUCCCUUGACACAAAAACACAGCCGAGCCGGAGCUGUUACCCGAUCCUCAGGACCCUCUUCUCCCGUCGACUCCCCUCAUUUCACCCAUCGCUCUCCAACCAGCAUCAAACGCAAAUCUGCCUCUUUCCAUUCACGUAAUCCCCGCACCGCUCGGCCCAGUGAGCUCAAGCUGGCCCCCUACAGUCGAGUCCUAACAGCCCCACAGUCUGUUGAUAGCAUUCCAAGGCUACGCCGAUUUUCUCCAUGCCAGCCUUUGGCAAGUACCUUUGUUUACAUGGGGGAGAAACCAGCACCCACCAGUUCAGAGACAGUAGUCCCAGAUGGAGAUAAAAAGAUUGAUUCCCAUCUUUCUCCAGAGAGGGAGCCUGCCAGUAUAUGUGUAGCCAGCUCACUCCCAAACUCCCCCAAAAGAGAACAAGUAGAUUCAAUGGCCAAAACCCAGGAAACAGGGGCUGACAGCCCAUCUAAGAUCACUGACAUGGGAACAGUUGACCAGAAAGCUCAAGUUCAGAAGCCAGUUGUACAUUUCAAACCUACCAUAGAGUCAUCAUUCCCUGAGAUUCUGGCCCACCCUGUAAUAGAAACCUUCAAAGUAAUGCCAACACAGAUUCCUCCCCAACCUGAAGCGUCAGGCCAAGCAAAGAGCAGCUUGAUUGAGGUUCCUCUGUCAGUACUGAAGCCACUGGAGGACCUGACACUUGAUGAUGAUGAUUUGGAGAUGCAGCAGGGUAAUGUGGAAGGCCUGGAUGAGGAACAGAAGAUGUGCUGUGGUUUCUUCUUCAAGGAGGACGGAAAGGCUGAGGAGAACAUGGCCCAGAAGAGGGCUGCGCUGCUGGAGAAAAGGAUGAGGAGGGAGAAGGAGAGCCAGCAGAGGAAGAUGCAGCUGGAAGCUGAGCUGGAGCAGAAGAAGGAGGAAGCUCGAUUGAAAGCCGAGGAGGAGCGUAUCAGGAAGGAGGAAGACAAGGCCAGGAGGGAGUUCAUCAAGCAGGAAUAUCUCAGGAGGAAGCAGCUCAAACUGAUGGAGGACAUGGACUCCGUCAUUAAACCUCGACCAGCCAGCGGGGCCAAGCAGAGGCGGUGCCGGCCAAAGUCCAUCCAUCGCGACAGCAUGGACUCCCCCAAAACCCCUGUUCGAGCUGCCACAGUGUCCAGCUUGUCCCUGGCUUCCCUCAACCUGGGAGACAGCGACAGCGUUCAGUCUGAGAAGAGGACACUGAGGCCAGACUCUGCUGAUGGCUUCCUCCCCAGCCUCUCCAGCAGCAGGAAGGGAGAAAAGGACUGGGAAAACGGAUCCACAACUUCCUCUGUUACAUCCAACACAGAGUACACCGGACCAAAGCUAUAUAAGGAGCCCAGUGCCAAAUCUAACAAGCACAUAAUCCAGAAUGCGUUGGCCCACUGCUGCCUAGCAGGCAAGGUCAACGAGGGGCAAAAGAACAAGAUCCUGGAGGAAAUGGAGAAAUCUGGAGCCAACAACUUCCUGAUUUUGUUUCGUGACGCUGGCUGCCAGUUCCGAUCUCUCUACACUUACUGCCCGGACACAGAAGAAAUCAACAAGCUGACUGGCAUCGGCCCCAAGAGCAUUACACGCAAGAUGAUCGACGGCCUCUACAAGUACAACUCAGACAAGAAGCAGUUCAGUCAGAUACCAGCUAAAACCAUGUCGGCCAGUGUGGAUGCAGUGACAAUACACAACCACUUAUGGCAAACCAAGAAGCCAGCCACCCCUAAAAAAGUUGUGCCUGCCCAAUCCUAGGUUGCACUUCACUGUACGUAUCCAUGAAGAUUCAAACACCUGCAAUGGCAGUCAAUUGAUUUUUAUGUUUGUUCAUAUUUCUUUUUCACUGCACUCCUAUCCUUGAUUAUGAACAACUGGAAUGUAUGCCAGUGUUGAAGACUGAUUUAAAUGCUUACUACAUCAGUGUUUCUAGAGAUUGUCACGUUUGCGAAAGCAUGUGUGAGCGUUGUUCUCGUUUCCUAUGUGCCAAACAUCAAAAAGAGACAGGAUGAAUGCUAGGAUAUUUUACUUGGUACACUGAAGCACUGAAUGUUUUUAACUAAUGUACAGAUUGAAUUUUGUUUGCAUUACCCUGUUGAUGUGUGGCCUUAUGUGUGUUUUGUUAACGUGCAAUGAGGCGAUUGUAAAGCAACAUACUGUAUAUGUGGAGGCUUUUUUGUACUUGAAAGAACAAGUUUUUGUCAUCUCUGUGGGUAAAACAGUUUGUAUAUUAAGGUACGUGAAACUAUGAAGGGCCAAAAAAUUUAUGACAUACAGCUAGCGUUAGCCACACAAUACGUGUGUGUUCAGCUCAACAAAGCCAAGUGGUUUCAGCUUUUUCAAAACCCUUUUUGAGAAAGUGAUUUUAAAGAAUACAUGAUUGGUGGAUCAGGACAUCUGCAGAUGAUCUGAGCUAUAAUGUAGGAUGUGUGAAAAAAGCCUGUAAUCUCUUUCUCAUGAAAUACAGUAUACUGUAACCUCAAGAUUUGUGCCAAUAAUUAAGUAAAACUGCCUGACAGUGAAAAGAAAAAUCAUGUUCAGAGUUAACCCACUGGUUCCUUGUAGAACGGCUUUACAAGGAGACCUAACUCGAGCUAAAACAUGUUGAGAACCAGUGUUUUACAUUACAUUGCUGUUGGUUCACAGCAGGUUUGUGAACAGCUCAGUAUUAUUUUUUCUUUUUAAUAUACAGUACACCUUGUAGGAUCUUUGCAGUAUAUUAGGAUAAUGUACACUCACACUUUCAUCUUCUUGUAUCAGGAAUAUUACUGAAAUCCAAGACAUACAGUAAUUGACUGACUGUAUUAAAUUCUAAAUUUAUACUUGGACUACACAUCUUAAUAAUGUCUGCACUCAUGAAACUAUAAGGCAUUUUUGCUCCCUGAAGUACCAAAAAGUAGUAACAUAGUGCAUCCCUAAUACCAAGUGUAGAUUUGUGAUUAGUCUUGCAUCACUGUAAUUUAAUGCCUGGUUCAUAAAAAUGGCCACAUUGUUUUAUAAUGGUUGUCACUUACAACAUGUCUGUGCAUUUUUUUGCUCUUUUGUCACACAAAUGUGUAAUGACCCAAACUAAACAUUAUCUAAGUGUGUUAUUAGCAGUACAUUUGUCUUUCAUAUAUAAAUGCAACAUGUUCUAAUUAGGCCAGUCAUUUUGUUAGAUUUAUUUUUUUCUAUUAUUAAAAGAAGAAACUUUACAUCAUAACGCAAGGCCGACUAGUGCAGAUUCAUAUUGCCGCAUACGGGUAAGAGACUCACCACAGAGUUUCAUUGGUGUCAGUAUCAUGUUCCUUUUGCAACAGAAUAUCAACUCAACACCACGCACAGGUACCCUUUUCCAGCAAAACAAAUCGACCCCCAUGGUGCUUUGUUUUCAACUAAAGGGGAUGUUUAUGACCAAAAGAGAGCAUAUACUGUUAGUACAUGUCUUUGAAAAUGUAAAAUAGUAUGACAGAGUGAAGAAGUGUUUUUCUGUUUAUCAGAAGGAUUUGUCCACAGAAAGCUCUGUCCACCUGCUUUUGGCUGUUUAAGGCCGAGGUUUAUCUGUAAUGAUACUGUAUAGUUUGUUCAUGUGAUCUCACACCUAUUCACUAUGAUGUCAUUGCUUUGUUUGUCAGACGAUGUGCUGUCAUUCAACAUCUUUCUAAACGUGUACUUUUUCCUUCUUUCUUUUUUUUUGCCUUUUGCAUUCAAUAAAACUAAGCA